GCUGCUGCUAACAGCACACGAUCACUUCUGAAGGACGGAGAGAAACACAGCCGUUGGCCGGAGCACUAUUGCUUCUUUUGUACGCUCUCGGCGGGAUACGGCGAUAUUAGCAGAGUCUUGAGCACACGAAAUAAGCCUUCAGACAUGUCAGGACAGAGGAAAGGAGCUGCAGCCCGCCUGCCGAAAUGUGCCUUCUGCAGAACCAACCGGGACAAGGAGUGUGGGCAGCUGCUGAUGUCUGACAGCCAGAAGGUGGCAGCCCACCAUAAGUGCAUGCUUUUUUCGUCAGCCCUGGUCACAUCACACUCAGACAAUGAAAACAUCGGAGGGUUUUCCAUCGAGGACGUGAAGAAGGAGAUCAAGAGGGGAAAUAAAUUGAUGUGUUCUUCAUGUCACCGACCGGGCGCCACCAUCGGCUGUGACGUCAAGACGUGUCGGAGGACGUAUCACUAUUAUUGUGCUGUGAAGGACAAGGCACAGAUCAAAGAGAAUCCCUCACAAGGGAUUUACCUCGUUUACUGUCGCAAACACCGGGAUGCUUCUCAAGAUGGCAUUCGAGAUGAAGAGGGAGGCGUGGCAAAUGAUUCAGACUCGUCGCCUCCUCAGAGUAGAGGCAGGGGAAGGUUUGACAAGAGCCGGGCCAAGGUGGGAUCUCGCGGCCAGUCGGAAGAAACACGCUCCACCUCCUCACAGGCUGCAGACGAGGAGAGCUCCUCCCACCGGGACAGAUCACCUCUUCGUACCAGCCCAGGAGACGGCGGCCAGCGCUGUGGCUUCUGCCAUGCUGGUGAGGAAGAGAACGAAACAAGAGGGAUGCUUCACACAGAUAACUCCAAAAAAGUGGCUGCUCACUACAAGUGCAUGCUUUUCUCAUCGGGCACAGUACAGCUGACCACCACGUCGCGGGCUGAAUUUGGAAACUUUGACGUGAAAACAGUCAUCCAGGAAAUCAAGAGGGGCAAAAGAAUGAAAUGCACGCUCUGCACUCAGUUGGGCGCGACCAUCGGGUGUGAAAUCAAGGCGUGUGUGAAGACCUACCACUACCACUGCGGCCUGCAGGACAAAGCCAAGUAUAUCGAAAACAUGGCGCGCGGCAUCUACAAACUAUACUGUAAGAACCACAGCGGCAACGAGGAGAGGGAUGAGGAGGACGAGGAACGAGAGAACCGCAGUAGAGAGCGAGCAGCCAUCGACCACGGACGAACACAAGUGAAUGGCAACUAGGUUCGGACCAGUAGGUAUGACGUGGGGAGAAGAACAGAAGAACUCAAAGAUGUGGGAGACAUAUUUUUUUAUACUAAAUCUUCGCCUACUCACACAGUCGUGGUCUACAAGCUCCCACGAGUCGUUCACGCGGUUUCUUCCAGUCAAUGGACAUGACGUCCCAGUGUGCACCAGAUGUCUUCUUCAUGUUCUUGAACGAACCGGAUGAGCCUUUUUCACAGACUGGUGGUCCUCUGCAGAGCACAGGACUGCUGCAGCAUCAUGAAAAGCCAUGGCUAAUCCUUCCCAAGAUUCACUUACGGGCUCAAUUUCAAACCCACGUUGUUAGUGCCGCCAAAUACGAGCGGACGGACUGAUGUUCUGAUUGUCACUCACUGCCCAUAUCCCCACCGAUUACCUGACCCACACUUGCUGAAAGUCGAAAACAUUCUUCCCCUUCCUUAGCUUCUGAAGGACUCACUUUUAAGAGGGGUCUGUUUGUUACUAGUCUCUAUGAAGUUGUGCAGUUUGAUUACCUUGUUUCUGUAAUCAUGUCUUAAGAAUACUCUUUUCAUGUUAGCCUUUCUUUCUUGAUAUGUAAUAUUUUGCUACUGUAUUAUCACCAUGAGUACUUUUGAAUAUCUGGAUUUCAGACAGUCACGAUUACAAGUUUUGCCAGCAUGCACUUGGAUUUUCCCACUGUUAAAGGUGGCGUUUUCUUUUCUUUUUUUUCUUUUUUUUUCAAAUUUAGCUGCUAAAGGGGGAAACGUAGAGCCCUUUAGAGGAGUUGGCUUGACUUUGUUUGAUGUACUGUUACUUGUAUCUCUUCAAAUGUAUCCAUGAAUGAUUGGAAUAGAAAAUAUUUUAUUUUACACAUUUA